UCUUUCAAUCCAUAUGUCCCAUGUUUUUUCUUUUUAAUCCCAAGCCUUUCGUCACUGUCGUAGCUUGUUUAUGUGCGUUUUUACGUGGUUCUGGUUGGUUAAGCGAUGCGAUUUUGCGUUCUUUCUUCUGGGUUCACUUGGAUUGUUACCAGAAAAAGCAAAUCUCUUGUUUAAAAAAUGGAAUCUUUAUUUUCUCUUUAACAAAGAUUGUUAAUUUGUUUCUGCAAUCACCAUCUCUAAUCUGGCUUGGCUUCUUCAUCCGGAGGUUGUGUGGUCUCUCUCUGGAAAUACCAUGUUCACUUGUAAAACUUUGCAACUUGGACCUCAAGCAAUCAAAGGCUUGUCCAAAGGGCCGUGAACGAUUCUCUACUACCGCAACUGACAAUGCAGAGGGUGGGAAUGAAGAAAACCAAAAUAUCUCCGUGACAUUUGUUGACAAGGAUGGAGAGGAGAAGAAGAUCAAGGUCCCCAUUGGAAUGUCUAUGUUAGAAGCAGCCCAUGAAAAUGACAUAGAGCUUGAAGGAGCAUGUGAAGGAUCACUUGCUUGUUCCACCUGUCAUGUAAUUGUAAUGGUAUGCCAUUGCGUGCAGAUAAGCAGCCACAGCAAUUCUCAGAGGCAAACCUCCAAAAUGAUGUGGAGCACUACAAUAAGCUUGAAGACCCAACAGAUGAGGAAAAUGACAUGCUAGACCUUGCUUUUGGGCUCACAGAAACGUCACGUCUGGGUUGUCAAGUAAUUGCAAGACCUGAACUUGAUGGACUUCGUCUAGCCAUCCCUGCUGCUACUAGAAACUUUGCUGUUGAUGGCUACAAACCAAAGCCACAUUAGAAAUUCACAUAUAAGGAAAGGUUUUUGAGUAACCAAGGGUACGAAUUUUAAGGCGUUUUCAUUUUUCUGGUCCUAGAAAUAUUUCCAGGUAGGUUUUAUUAACUAUAUUGGGAUUUCAUAGGAGCUUUGUCCAUUAUACUUCUGCCACCAGGAUUUAUGUAAUUUUUCUGAAGGCUUUCAAAGUUUCAUUGGCUUCUGUACAAGUUAAACAGUUAUGUAAUCACAAUUCACACAAAGCUUGUAAAUUUUCUAA